AUGACUUCGACAGGGACGAAUCUACUCGAGCAUGCAACCAAGUUCAGCAGCCUCAAACAGGUACAAAAGUCCCUCUCUGGGUAUACAGAGAACAAGGACAAAGUGCCGGCGGGUGCGAUAUUGCUUUCUGGGGCAGGCGGAGGCGUCGUUGGUCCUUCUUCAAUGUAUGUCUCCGUGGGAGACAAACUUGCCAGUCUUCGACAGGGUAUGCCUGUACUUCGACUCGAUUAUCGCUAUCCGGCCCAUGACGCUCCGUGCGUGGAAGACGUGACUGCGGCAAUGGAUCAUCUUGAAGAGCAGUAUUCUAUUCGCAGAUUCGUUUUGGUUGGCUGGUCAUUUGGAGGCGCUCCGGUCGUGAGUUUCCCUUACCUUGAAGGCGCUAAUGUCGUAGCUGAAAAGCAGUCGUUCACCGUGGGCGGGCGAGAGCGAGAACGUGUUAUCGGAUGCGCUACCGUUGCAAGCCAAACCGCAGGCACAGCUGGGAUAAGGAAGCUGGCUCCAAGACCACUGCUGUUGCUCCACGGUACUGGUGAUCGAACUUUGAGAUGGGACUGCUCCCAGAGUCUAUACGAGGCGUACGGGAAAAAGGGCGAUCGACAAUUGAAGCUCUUCGAGGACGAUGAUCAUGCGUUGACAAGGAAUGCGCUUGAGGUAGAAGAGCUGUUGUGCGAUUUCAUCGCCAAAUGUGUUGGGCUGAAGAUAGACAACGAUGAGCAAGAGAAGGUCAUCCAGAAGCCCUUGGUGGACAGAAGUGAAAGAAUCGAACUGAUGAAGACUGGCGGCGAUCUCGAGGGCGAGAGUAUCGAGUAG